GUUCGGACUUUCGCAAUCAACAGCCUUUACAACUGUCACUGGCUGCACUAAAGUUCUUGGUGUGAGUGGUGACCUCACCCUCACAGGAGGUCUUCUCUCCGCAUGUUCCUUUUUAAAUCAUCUUCGCGUCGGCGUAUCCACGAUAGGACAACCACUUUUGACCCUGGCCCCUAUCCCUUCUUGCAACGUCUUGUCUUUCAUAAUCAGUAUUUCUGGGUAUACAAAUCCACUGAUAGGCGCUCGCGAAUAUACUGCGCUUCCUUUCGCACGGUCAAGGAAGAGCUAACGAUACCAUGCUCAUGUGGUGUGCUUUGCUCUCAGGCCUUGAUACUCACACUCUUGCAUUCGUCUCCCAGCACUCAUGACAGGAAAAGGGGCAUACAGAACCAGCGUCAUUCGUAAUGCUGCUGUUGCAGUACUUGAGUGCUGCCAAAGCCUAAACAUUCGUUGUGCUAUCUAUGGCGAUCUGGCAUUGCAUCUUCUGUGUGAUAUACCAACAAGCGGCUCUGUGAGUCUGAUUUCGUUGCUCUCCACCUUACGGGCUAAUUGA